AUGAUUUCCCCUCAAGAAAGAUUCGUUCCCGAGGAUCAAAUUUAUUUUGGUUCGAGAGAGGAUCCAGAAACUAGGUGUCACUGCAAUGUCUGGGAUUGGGAUCAACUGCGGAUGAUCAAAGUCAAAGGCACUGCAAAGUUUUUUCCGCCUGACGAGGAUCAAGAGAUUCCGGUUCUGUCAAGAUUCGCCGAUUCUUUAUCGCCGGAUAUUCGUGCGAUCGAAGUUGAUGAUGAUGGAAUAAUUUCUGGAGUCUCCAAAGAUCUGAAGGAUGAUGAUACUCCGUUUAUUCCGCAUCCUCCUUUCUCGAUCGUUAAAUCACUCGCCGGUUGUCGUACAAUCAAGCACUCUCAACUUCAAGAGCUUAGUCGUCUUAGACCAGGUCUUGACAUCUCAUCAUACAAAGAUAAAUGUCAAAACUCUGUGAAGGUUGCCUUCAAAUUUAAUGCUUGGGGAAAGCCUCAGCGUUUACAGAGGGCCUGGAAAGAAAUGAACAUUCUCAAAACUUUACCAUCACAUCCCAAUAUCGUACCAUUUGAUGCCGUCGUUCUUGAAGACGUGGAGUCCCGUGUGAUUGGAUUCACAACAAAGUACAUCCCAGGUGGAACUCUCGUCAACCCAAAUGUACCUUUCCGAUUUGAGUGGAUACAGCAACUCACGCAGCUCGUGGAUUUCCUAAACUUAGAUCUGGGAAUCAUGCAUCAAGACAUUGCGCCACGCAACUUACUCAUCGAUCCCGAUACACAGAAAAUCCUUUUGUUUGACUUUGAUUGGGCAGCAUGCGGAAAGAAAGGAUUGCUGAUUGGCCGAGAUGAUAUUACAGGUGUUGUGUUCACACUAUAUGAACUCAUCACAAACGACACAAGCUUCGCCAAUAUCCCCCAUCGGGAACGAGAUAUCGAGAUGGUACAGAGUAUCUCGGAAUGGCCUCGCAAGCGUGAGCUGGACACUGAUGUGUUGAAGUUUCGCAACUUUUUGAAUGGGUGGGUAGAGAAACGACAGUCCAAUGGCGUCAUGGAGCAAUAUAUUAAGACGCCUACUCGAAUUACAUGGCCGGACUUACCUACAGCGCAUGACUAUGAUGUUCAUUACCCGAUGGGCAAGACCUUGGAUGGAGACACAAUCUGGAGAACGGGCCCGCGGUUGAUGCGUAAUGCAUUGGAAGCUGGACAGUAUUGCUUCCGCUGGGAGAGGCCACCACAGAGAUCAUUGCCGAAGAGAACUUGCGAGGAAAAAAGAAACCGGACGGUGUUAUUUUCGAUGGGAAAGGCUACCACAGAACAGAUUAUAGAAGAGAUUUUGGAAGGAACGGGGAACGGGGAGUGA